CUAUGCAGAUCAGGGACAUGGCACGAGAUUGGGAGAGCUGCAGGGCACAUCUGAGAAAGGCCUUUCGACGGCCAGAGCUCCCUCAGCCCAGAGUCGAGAGGCGGCAGAGGAGUCAAAGACCGAGGGACCCUGAACCCAGGGAGGUGAGACCGUCUCGGGGAGGACGGAAGGCCCUAGCCAGGAGAGAGGAGGAACCGGAGCGGGAGCCAGAGGUUGAAGAGCGAGGAGCAUACCCUGAAUGUGGGUUGGGACCAGUGGAGUUCCAUCRUUUUACUGAGGGUGGAUUGAGGAGGUCGCCAACACACGCACGGGAGGAGCCGCCAGUGUCUGAAGGGCCGUUGAGAGAAUUAAAAACGCAUUUGGAUAUCUCUCAAUGGAGAGUGUCGCCUCAGGAUGAAAAGCAUGAAGAGCAAGUAGAAGAGGUGCCACAGGAAGAGAUACCGCGAGAGGAGGUGCCACAGGAGGAGGUGCUACGGGAAGAGGUCCAGGGUACUCAGCGAGAGAGAGGGCUGGGCGAUGAGGGGAGACAUGCAGGAAAGGAAGUGAUAGAGGUUGGAGAGGACACGCCCCCACAGGCGCCAGCAAUGGAUUUGAGACUCGAGGAUACACCAGGGAGCACCCGGCAGGCAAAGGAGAGAUUGCAGAGAAAGGAGGCCCCUUUACCUUCGUCGGAAAAGGCUUCUUCGCCAGAAGGGACGGCAGAAAGGAGGAGAGAGAGGGUAGUUGUAAGGAGAGAAGCCUUGACCUUGAUUGAUAGGCACCUAGCAGCUUAUGCCCUGGAGCAUCCAGACCUGGAGGAGUCAGCACCUGCUGAGCUGCGCCGGGAGCCGUGCCAACCUGAGAAGGAGAUGGAAGCAGAAAUCCCGAAGAGGGUCGACCUCCGCACGAGGGAAAGGGCGCCAGCUGGAGAAACGGCUGAAGAAAAGAGGGCKAGAAGAACAAGACGGAUAAAUGAGAUAUGGCAAGAGAGGCAGAGAUUGGAGGCGGCGGGGGAGCUCCCGGAACAGCAACAGGAGAGGCAGAGAUCAGAGGCAGCAGGAGCACUCCCGAGUCAGCCACCCAGCGUACCCRCUAGGGCCCCAGAGAUCCCUGAGAUGUGGAGGGACUUCUGGGAGCAGAGAGGAGAGGAGCUUCCAUCGC